AAAGCAUACAAAGAACGGUCUUUUCGAGAUGAAAGGUUUGAUAGCUGCAAUCGUCUGUGUCGUCAUUUUGCUAAUUUUUGUUAAUGGACAAAAUGUAAGACCAGGUAACCAUCGACGAGCUUUGAGAAGGGUCAUUCGUGCUUUCAAUGGCCUGUGUGGCAACACUACAGGUCUCGACCUUAACUCGUGUAUCGAUUUGCUGGAGUCACAGGAUAAAACCAAUUGGGAUGGUUGUUUAGAUACUGAGAACUUCACAGAUAACAACGCUCUUCUCACGGCUAUCUGUCAGAGUCGGAGGAAUUUCAGAAAGAUGAGAAAUUGUUUAUUAGCAGCCGCGAUAAGAAGCUGGAGAAAUGAAUGGAACGAGAUUAGAACAACUACACGUGUUCUAAGAGGGGCGCAAAGAAGAAUCCUACGUCGUCAGUUGAGAAACGAGAUACUUUCAUCAAGGGUCGGAGCAGCAAAUAACGCAACGGCAUGUCUGACGACCUUAGCAGGAUAGAAGAUUUUGACCCAAUUUAUGAAAACAUAUAUUCUCCGAAGCAGAAACUCUAUGCUUCUUUUCACUAGCUACUAGAAUUUGAGUGCUUUUUUCCUUUGCUAACUGUUCUGUAUGAAAACAUUUUGCAUUGAAAGCCUUAUUAAAG